CGAUUCAAUUUGGCUUUCCAUUGUGGGAGUAGUUCUGCUUCUGCUUCUAAUCUGCUUGGCGUAACUAAUUUGAUUAUCGGUGGCUACUUUCUUCAAUUUGAUCUUCUAUUGAAUUUGCAGGAAAUACUCUUCAAACCCUGUGAUUGCUGAGAAAUAGGCUUGCGAUUAAGCAAAUCUGCUGCUACUAGUAAUUUGCUUGGUUUAAUUUGGUAAUCCUCAGUAAUUUCUUCAAUUUCAUCUGUUAAACUAAAAGCAAAAUGCUGCAACUUGAUAUUAAAAAAUUGAUUCUCAACAAUAACUGUUCAUCUAUACAUAAUACUUUCUCUUCAUCCAUUAUAUGUGAAACCAACGUCUCUUUCUUUCUUUGUUCCACAGAGGUCCCAACACCAACCGUGUCUUUUCUUCAAGUUAUGGGUUCGCAAAUAUGCGCUGACCUCCUGAGUGCCAUCAUCGAUUCCGCAAUUUCCAACUUGAUUUCCGCUGCUACUGAGCAAAUCAGCCUUGCUCUCGGCUGGGAGGAGGAGCUUGAAACGCUUCAGAACAAACUGCGCAUGAUCAAGGAUGUGUUGCUGGACGCAGACGAGAGACAGGUGCGAGACCGUGCUGUGAAGGGUUGGCUUGAGAAGCUCAGGGAUGUGGUUUUUGAGGCUGAUGAUGUGUUGGAUGAGGUUGCUUACGAAAGUGAGAAGUGCAAGGUGGAGAAUCAAAACCAAAAGCGGAGAAAGCUGCUUAAUUUCUUGACCUCCAAUCCUUUGCGAUCUCGUAGCGAUGAGAUUGCUAGGAAGAUUAAGAAAAUUAUUGCAUCGGUGGAAGCUAUUAACAAUGAAGCGACACAGUUUGGACUCCAAAAUAGACUUGCUGGCACAGUGGUUUCUGAGCAUAGAAGAAACACACAGACCCAUUCCACUAUUGGUGAUUUAUCAGAGGUUGUGGGGAGAGAGGAUGAUAUCUCCAAGAUAGUGCACCUCCUAACUGACUCACUUGAUGAAUCACAGCUUUCUGUCUUAUCAAUAGUAGGUAUGCCGGGGCUCGGUAAAACCACUUUAGCACAAGCUUUGUACAAUGAUGAGCAAAUCAGAAACUAUUUUGGUGAAAGGAUAUGGGUUUGUGUAUCGGAUAAUUUUGAAGUAGAGAAGAUUUUAACAGAAAUGUUGGAGUCUCUUACUGGGAAUUCUUGUGCAGUAAAAAACAAAGAUACUGUGAUUCAAAAAAUAAGAGAAGCCAUGGGGGAGAACAACUUUCUUCUGGUAUUGGAUGAUAUGUGGGAUGAAGAGAGUCAUGGGAAAUUUGAAGACUUGAGAAGCUGUUUGCUAGGAGUAUGUAAAAUGUCAAGGAAUAGAGUUAUUGUGACAACUCGGAAUGAAAAAGUUGCAUUGAAAAUGAGAACACUUCCUAAACACAUGCAUCAUCUUGGGAAACUACAAACUGCUGACUGUUGGUCUAUUAUCAGGAAGAGAGUACCUGGAGAUGCUUCUAUAACUCUAGAAUUGGAGAAAAUCGGAAGGGACAUUGCUCAAUUAUGUGGAGGUGUGCCAUUAGUUGCAAGGGUUAUAGGAGGUAUUUUGUGUACAGAAAGGUUGGACAGAGUCACGUGGUUGUUAAUUAAGGGGAAGAUUGAGGCAUUGGGUCCACUUGAACAUGAUAUAGAAAUCAGAGGUGUCAUAAAAUUGAGUUUUGAUCAAUUGCCAGAGCUAGCUUUAAAGCAAUGUUUUGCAUUCUGUUCUAUUUUUCCAAAAGAUUUUGUUAUGGAAAGGGAGUUGUUGAUUCAGCUUUGGAUGGCUCUAGGAUUUCUUCAAUCUACUGAAGAAAGUCUUAUGACAAUGGAGGAUAUCGGUAAUAAGUAUGUAAAUGACUUGUUAUCAUAUUCCCUCUUUGAAGAGCAACAAAGAGAUUCAUUUGGAACCCUUAUUAGUUGCAAAAUGCAUGAUUUAAUUCAUGAUUUUGCACAAUUAAUUUCAAAAUCUGAGACAAUGAUUUGGAAGUCUCAAAGCAAUAUUCCUAAUGUUCGAAAUUUGAAUCUCAUUUAUGGUAUAGGAACAGUGCCAACAAAUUUAAGAGAUGUUGCUCCAAAACUGCGUACUUUGUUUUUAAAGGGUGAUUUUUCUAAUGAGAUGAAGGUGGAUCUGAGAAGUCUACGAGUUUUGAGUUUUGUUGAUUCCGUUGAUACAAAAGAAUUGCCACCAUGUGUUGGCAACAUGAAGAAUCUGAGGUAUUUAGACAUUUCAAGAACUCAGAUAACAAAACUGCCAGAGUUCAUCCCCAAGUUAUGCAAAUUGCAAACAUUUAGAUUCAUAACUUGCAGAUCUCUAGAAAUGCCUCCUGAAGGAAUUGGAAGUUUAAUCAACUUGAGGCAUAUAUACUUUAGUGAUGAAGAACAGAUGCCUACAAACAUUGGGAAACUAACUUGUCUUCAAACAUUGCCAAUGUUCUUUGUGGGCACAACAAUGGGAUGCAAAAUUGAAGAAUUGGGUAGCUUGAGAGGGCUCAGAGGAAGUUUGAAGAUCUGUAAUCUUGAGCAUGUUAAGGACAAAUCAGAAGCUAUGGGAGCAAAGUUACAUGAGAAGACAAUUUCUAAGUUGAGAUUAAGAUGGGGAAAAGAAAGCAAUCAAGAUGAAGAUGUUUUGGAAGGUCUCCAACCACACUCAGAUCUGCAAGUAUUAGAAAUUGAUGGUUAUGGAGGCAAAAACUUACCAUCAUGGAUGUUGAAGAAUGUCUCAAACUGUGAUCUAUUUUUGCUCAAGAAUUUGGCAGAGUUGAGACUUGAACAGUGCAAGAAGCUAGAGAGUAUUCCAGUAAUGACAGGAUUUUCGUCUCUUCAGAUGCUUUCUAUUUCAAACUGUGCUGAAUUGAGUACUAUAGCCGAGGGAGCAUUUGUUAAAUUGGCGUCCCUCAAAGAAUUACACAUAUUCAAUUGUUGCAAGUUGGAAAGGGUUUCAGCAAAUGGCUCAUCAUUGCCUCACUCACUCUUAAUUCCAGAUUGCAGAGAGUUGAAUAGCCUAUCAACCUCCACGUGUCUAAAAGUUUUAACCUUGUGUGGCUGUAAAAAUCUAAGGUAUAUUCCAAGUCUAUAUGGGCUUAGUUCUCUGGAAGAUGUAACAUUUAGCCAUUGUGGAUUGGAGCAUCUACCCAACGGGCUAUCAUCCUGCAUUGCUCUUAAGAAGUUGACGAUAUGCAGUUGCGAUAGCCUGAUCUCUAUUCCAGAAGAAUUGAAGGAAAUACAUUCUUUGGUUGAUUUGUGGAUUGAUCGGUGUUCAAAAUUGAGGAGUAUCCCAGAAAAUACCCUCAAUUCCCUUACCAACUUGAAGAGAUUGAGGUUUGGUGGCUUCUCGGAAGAGUUGGAGGAAUUCUCUGCUCUCGGUUCCUUUCACAGCCUCCAAGGAUCCCUUGAAGAGUUGGAUUUGAUUGGAUGGGGAAAACUAACUGAGUUUCCACCUGAAAUUCAAAACCUAAAUCUUACUUCUCUACAAAGGUUGUCAAUAGAACAUUUCGAGGAAGUGGAGACAUUACCGAAGUGGUUAGGAAGCUUAUCCUCUCUUAAAUCACUAACUAUUUGGGGAUGCCUUCGAUUGAAGUAUCUACCAAGUGGGUUGUCAUUCUUCACUACUCUCGAGCGGCUUACCAUAUACAGAUGUCCUAAUCUGGUCUCUGCUAACUUAGAAGAGAUCCUUGGCGGCCUUACUCGCUUGAAGGCAUUAUGGAUCGGUCCUUUCCCAGAAGAGUUGGAGGAAUUCCCAAUAAGUCUGAGUUCCAUUCACAACCUCGGCACUUCCCUUGAAGAAUUGUGUUUGUGCGGUUGGGAAAAGCUAACUCAGUUGCCACAUCAAAUUCGAUACCUCACUGCUCUAAGGCACUUGUCUAUAUAUUUUUUCGAUGGAGUAAAAGCCUUGCCAGAGUGGUUGGGAAGCUUGUCAUCUCUUCAAAGUUUGGGGAUCUUGCAUUGCAAGAAUCUGAAACAUCUCCCUUCUGCAGAAGCGAUUCGAUGCCUCUCCAAAUUGACACUCCUUCACAUUUCUGAUUGCCCAGAGUUAGGGAUAAGAUGUGACAAGGGACGAGGCCCCGAAUGGCACAAGAUUUCUCACAUUCCAACGAUCUACAUGAAUGGAAAGCAGAUAUAAUCACAAGAUUUAGGUUUCCAAGAGGCAAAUGCUGAAGAAUAAAUGAUCGGUUGAUUGGAAGGAGGAUUUAUAGAAUUCAGAAAUGAACUCCAACGACUAGAAUUUCUUAACUUUUAGCUUCAUAGAGUUGCAUGAAAUUAACAACACGGGAAUUCAUUUUGGUUAUGAAGCAGAAGGUUGUAAAAGAUGAGUCAGCUAUUAUGUCUGUUGGCUUUAUAUCUGUUUAGGUCUUAAAAUACCUAACAGAUCCUCAUCCAAUAAGUUAGGCAAUGGCCGGGGAAUGGUAGAAAUGUAGCUUCACCAAGGGAAAAUCAUUUUGGAUCUUCUUGGAGGUGCUCAAUUUUAAUCAAUAGGGAAGAUGUCUUACAUCUUUCAUGUGUUCAUUAAAGGAAAAUUGUUGCAGAAUUUAUUUCAGUGUUUGAUAUUGAGACAUUUAUAUGGCUACUGGUGCAAUUGAGGUCAUUAGCCUGCUGAUGUAGUAGAAGUCUGCCAUGCAAUGAAGAUGUUAGGAGCAAGCCCAUGGUGGAUAGUUGUAACAUUGUCUUGGAUGACAUGUGCUUAAAUGGUUAUGCAGUAAUCUUAACUCACCUUAUGCAUCAAGGGAAGGAGAAAGACAUACGAGGGUUACUGCAGCAAGAGGCAUGUUAAGAUGGCUCCCUUUAGGGUUUUCUUAAGGUAAAAUGAUUUUGCUCUAAAGAAAAACAAAGAAAAUGGGGAGUAGAACAACUGAAUUAUUUCAUUGAAGAUUGAAAUAUGUACAUGUCUGGUAUAAGUUAUAACAGACCAAAACAAAAAGUAGCAACCAUGUGAACAAAACAGUUUUUCCUAAACUUUUGCUACCUUGUCUAAAAGCAUUGACCAAGAGCAACAAAGUAUAAAGACAAACUAGAAUUAAAAUGCAACCAAAAACUUGGAAUAAACUGAACUAAAUCAGUUUCAUUAAGUCUAGUUCUCGCCAUCUUCAUUUCUUCAAAAUAGCUGUAAAUUAUGUGCAAACUUGCUGUCACAACUUUAACACUUAAAGGUACUUGGAUCAUGGGGAAUCAUUGUACUCUGUGCUCUUAAAUGAGAGGUGUUUUUAUUGUUGUUGUUGUUGUUGUUGUUGCAAAGUAUUUUAGGUUUUAUGUUUUGGAAAAAAAUGAACUUAAGACAAUCAUUUUUGCAUGAGUUGAUUUAUGAAGUGACUUAGUGGGGUUGGAGCUGUUUUCCAUUGAAAGUACAUUUUAGUUAUGUUUCUGCUCAACUGUCAUGUUUAGAGGAGGAAGUGAAAAUUUGUGUUCUGAAUGAACCUUAUUUACUAUCAGUUAGCUUAGUUCAUUGUGUUUUCAGUAUGAUGAGGGAGGGAAGAGAAUGCUUGAAAUAUUUGGGUUUGAAAUUUCUUCUUUAGCAUUUGAAUCUUUGGUCAAAUCAUGUGGCGUGAUUGAAAUUAGUUAUUUUGGAGGUGUUUGUGCCUGGGUAUUGUUUUUUGGAAAUUUCCCUGGUACAGCUUCUAUUAGAGAAAGGCAGUUAUAGUGCUUACAUGAUAGUACAUCUUUGUGGUAAAAAAAUCUUAAUUUGCUGCUACUUCAAGUGCUUAUGCAUGAAUUGGAUGCACUGAUUCAUGGGAUUUUCCUGCAGAACAUUUUUUUGGCUGAAUUGCUGGCAAAUAAAUACUUGGUACUUUAAAUUGAAGUGAAUUUUUCAAUCUUCAGUAAAAUUCUAACGUAAUGCUCUUUUUUUUGUGGGUACUUUAGAGGCUUAGAUUAUCUUUUUAUGCAUUUACAUAAGCAGUGAUGAAAGAGUGUAUCUUAACUCUAUUAUUUAUAUUUUCUCUCAAUUUCAGAAACCUGAAGAAGGAUCCAUCAGUCACAGGGUUCAGAGGCUGCCAAAAUAUUGAUUUCUAAAGAAGCAGUCAGAUCUUCUGCUAAAUGCUGAUGAUCUGGAUGCAAUGUGGGUUUGUUUAAGAGAAAAUUGUGUGAUUGAAGAUGCCACUGGUGCAGAAAGGGUCUUGUGCCUAGCCAUCUUAAACUUCCUUUUCAUUUGGUUUCUUACCCAAUUUAUAGCAAGUUGUGGAUUGAGCUUCUCUUUUUUUCAGGAACCAAUUAAAAGAGCUUUAUGAGUUACUCUUUGUUGAUGAACUUUUGAUGUAUUUUUCUUGUUCACAUAUCGUGGUAUUAUCAGUCUUCACCACAUGACACGUGCUGUGAUUUGUCAUCUUGCAGAUGAACUAUGAAUAUUUUUGCCAUAUUGCAUCUGUAUGUACAGAGCAAAUAGGCCCUAAACGUCGACACUUCUUCAGCCCUUCAAACUUCAUGAAGUUUGAGAAAGAUGAGUCUGGAAGGAAAGGAUUGCCAUUUUGCCUUCAAUUUAUAUGUUAUGCGAACUGUGAGUGAUUUAUUGAUAUUACUGUACUAUAUAGUACUGUUAUCCCUUCAUAAUUUUUUAUAUCCUUUGGUGGGCACACUUUUUAACUCUCAAGUAAUGAAAAGCGUGAAAAUUA